AUGGCUCCCACAGCAUCAUGUCUCCGUGCCCUUUCUCGCCACACACGAGCUAUUCCGAGAUCGUUAACAAAAACGUCAUUUCAGGCCGCCAGCUACUCGCUGUUGGCGCGUCAACAGCCGGCCCAGAGCGCGUGGGUGGUCAAUCAGCACGUGCCUAAGGCUAUCAGAGGGUUGAAGACGCUCGACUUUGCUGGUUCAAAAGAAGUCGUGUACGAACGCAGUGAUUGGCCCCUGGCAAAACUUCAAAACUAUUUCAAAAAUGACACGCUAGCCCUUAUUGGCUAUGGAUCACAAGGACAUGGUCAGGGCUUGAAUGCUCGUGAUAAUGGUCUGAAUGUGAUCGUUGGCGUCCGCAAGGAUGGAGAAAGUUGGAGACAGGCAGUAGAGGAUGGAUGGGUACCCGGAGAAUCGCUUUUUUCCAUCGAGGAAGCCAUUGGCAGGGGUACGAUCAUCAUGAAUCUACUCUCAGAUGCAGCACAGUCAUCGACAUGGUCUCAUAUCUCUCCUCUCAUAACGAAGGGCAAGACACUCUACUUCUCCCAUGGGUUUUCAGUGGUAUACAAAGACCAAACAAAUGUGAUUCCCCCCAAGGACGUCGACGUUAUUCUAGUAGCGCCAAAAGGAUCUGGUCGCACCGUCCGAACCUUGUUCAAGGAGGGCAGAGGCAUCAACUCCAGCGUCGCCGUUUUUCAAGACGUAACUGGCAAAGCAAUGGAGAAAGCCGUAGCUAUUGGAGUCGGUAUCGGUUCUGGCUACAUGUACGAAACAACCUUCGAGAAGGAAGUGUUCUCGGAUCUGACUGGUGAACGUGGUGUGUUGGCAGCAGCUAUCCAGGGAUUGUUCUGCGCACAAUACAAGGUGCUUCGUGCAAAUGGCCAUUCGCCUUCAGAGGCAUUCAACGAAACCGUCGAAGAAGCCACUCAAUCCCUAUAUCCUUUGAUCGGAGAAAAAGGCAUGGAUUACAUGUUCAACGCUUGCUCCACCACCGCCCGACGAGGAGCCCUCGACUGGGCGCCGAUCUUCGAAGCAACAAAUCGUCCAGUAUUCGAAAAGCUUUAUGAAAGCGUCAAGAAUGGCACUGAAACAAGCAAAGUACUCGAAUUCAACGGACGCUCCACUUAUCGCGAAGACUUGACGAGAGAGUUGAAAGAGAUCGACGAUCAGGAGAUCUGGAGAGUCGGAAAAGUCGUCCGUUCGUUGCGUCCUGACUACAAACCAGCUGAGCAUUGA